AGACACAUUUGUAAGAACCACAAGUGCCCAGGCCGGCAUACAGGGAAGAGAAACUCCAGCAAACGAAGUGACCUCAUGCUUUUUCCUGACAUUUGGCAGUGACGCUGAGAGGGGAAUGCAUGCCUCUUCUUUAUGUGGAUUUCUUUCUUAAGUUUUCUUUGGUCCGGGACAGUUUGUUGUCGUGAGACCCAUCAGACAGUUUAAUCAUGGGGCAAGGUGACGUCUCCAGACCGGUAAAUCCAGAUGCUGUCGAAGAAGCAGGCCAGCCCAACGCAGACCCAGGCAUGGUCAUGGACAGUGUGGAAGCAGGAGACAUGACGCCUCCCACCAAAAGGAAGAGCAAGUUUUCAGGCUUUGGCAAAAUCUUCAAGCCCUGGAAAUGGCGGAAAAAAAAAAGUAGUGAUAAAUUCAAAGAGACAUCAGAAGUUUUAGAGCGGAAAAUAUCUAUGCGAAAACCAAGAGAAGAGCUGGUUAAAAGAGGGGUUCUGUUGGAAGACUCUGAGCAGGGUGGUGAGGAUCCUGGGAAAUUGAACCAUGCCAUGUUAAAGAAUGGCCAUACCACCCCCAUAGGGAGUGCCACAUCUUCUAGUCCAGUCCAAGCAGAGGAAGAGUCAGGAAGAAUAGCAGGUCUCAGGAAACCGGUUCCAGAAGAGGAACCAAAGAAGCGACUAGGCUCAACCGGAAGCCAGCCUAAUUCCGAAGCAGAGUCCGUUCCUGAGAAUGCAUCCAAACAGCCUUUACUUCCCCCUAAAAGGCCCUUGUCCUCUUCUCACGAAGCAAAUGAAGGGCAAGCCAAGGAUGCCACUUCCUCUGGCGGCGCAGCAAGAUCCAUCUCCUCCACCUCCACUGCCGCCUCCACCUCAGCACCUGCCGCUGCCACUGCUGCCACCAAGCCAGCAAAAACUGUUAGUUCCUCUGUGCCCCCCUCCCCAGCACCCAGGACUCUGCCUGCCGCUCCUGCCAGCAUUAACACUACUGCUACCCCGAGCCUCACUCAUGCGGUCUCUGCCAAGCAGCCCCCUAUCCCUCCCCCUAAACCAACUCACAGAAAUAGCAACCCCGUCAUUGCUGAACUGUCCCAAGCAAUAAACAGCGGUACAUUAUUAAAACCGUCCCCACCUUUACCUCCAAAGAGAGGCAUUCUGUCAACCUUGGUACCCACCUCGGAGUCUCCUGCUGCCACUGCCACCACAAAAGCACCAUCUGAUCAGAGAGAGAAGAGCACUGUGGGCUCUGAACCACCGUUGAUGAUCCCGCCUCCCUCACCGUCUCCCCCACUGCCUACUCAUAUACCUCCCGAACCCCCACGGUCCCCUCCAUUCCCUGCUAAGACUUUUCAAGUUGUGCCAGAAACGGAGUUUCCACCUUCCUUCAACCUACCCCAGGAGGUUUCCCCGCAGGAAGAUCAGAGAAAGGAAGUGCCCAAGAGGAUGUUGGACCACAGCUUUGGAGAGCCCCAUGUACCGUGUAGGCUGCCUCCGCUCCCACUGCAUAUCCGAAUCCAGCAGGCCCUGACCAGCCCGCUUCCCGUGACUCCUCCCCUGGAGGGCUCUCACAGAGCUCAUUCCUUGCUCUUUGAGUACAGUGACAACUUUUCUGAGGACAGCAGCACCCUGGGUCGGACCAGGUCGCUUCCCGUCACUAUUGAAAUGCUAAAAGUUCCAGACGAUGAAGAGGAGGAGGAGCAGACCCCUCCAUCUGCAGUCACUGAAGAUGUGACAUCUACCUCAGCUGUUCCUAAACUAUCACAGUGUCUGCAGGAAGAGGAGGAAGAGAAGGAGAGUGACUCUGAUUCAGAAGGUCCCAUUCAGUACCGAGAUGAAGAGGAUGAAGAUGAGAGCCAUCACAGUGCUCUGGCCAACAAAGUAAAGAGGAAGGACACACUGGCAAUGAAGCUGAACCACAGACCCAGUGAACCAGAGUUGAACAUGAAUUCCUGGCCUCGGAAAAGCAAAGAGGAGUGGAAUGAAAUACGGCACCAGAUUGGGAACACACUUAUCCGACGACUGAGUCAAAGACCAACACCAGAAGAACUAGAACAGCGGAAUAUACUACAACCUAAAAAUGAAGCUGAUCGGCAGGCAGAAAAACGAGAGAUUAAACGUCGUCUUACUAGAAAGCUCAGUCAAAGGCCGACUGUGGCUGAACUACUUGCCAGGAAGAUUCUGAGGUUUAACGAAUAUGUGGAAGUAACAGAUGCUCAAGAUUAUGACCGGCGAGCUGACAAACCUUGGACCAAACUGACCCCUGCUGACAAGGCUGCCAUAAGAAAAGAAUUAAAUGAAUUUAAAAGCUCAGAGAUGGAGGUUCAUGAAGAGAGCAAGCAUUUUACACGCUACCAUCGUCCAUGAUGCUGAAGUGUGAGAAAAGAGCUCUACAACCCCCUAAAACAGGGCUGCGUGGCUGCCUCGGUCUCCAGAGCAAUAUGGAAGGAACUUCUGCACUUCCCAGCACGGCCAGGAUUGAGUCCUCGGGGAUGUAGUUAUGGGGCGAACAGCACUUCUAUGAAUGUAGCUUCCACUGGAAUGGGUGGCCAUGUGCUGCUUUGAACAGAACCGAACACUUCAUCGUGCUUUUGAACCUUUUAAUACCACAUCAUACUUGAGGGGUCUUCCUCAGCACCCACCCACGCUCUGGGCCACUCGCCGGUUCCAAGUGUUACUGGCCACCCACACCCUCGCCCCAAGAUGACCACCUGUGCUGGGGCACAGGUCACACCAUUCGCCUUACCUGCUCUGCCCUGCUCAGGAGCGCCCCUUGUGUGGCCCCAGCCAUCAGAUCCAAGUGGUGGUGGGCAAAACCUUCUGGAGGCCCCCAGCCUUCGGACAGAGGGGGCCCCACCUCCCGGGGACGCCUCCACACCACACUGGCACGUCACUUGAAAGUGGUGCGCUAUACCUCUCGUAACCCAGCAAUAAAGUCCUCCUCAGGCAGUGCGGCCUGCAGGGAGCUCGGGAUCUGACAUGUUCCUUUCGGGCACAAGUCAUCCUGAUUUUUAUUUUUUUAAUUAAAAAAAAAAAGAUCUUGAAGAAAUGCUGGAAACUUUUGUUUUUCCUGCCUAUUAAACAAUCUGAGCUGCAAUUAGAGUCCAAGUUAAGAAAAUGAGAAAGCAUAUAUAUUUUCUGUAUACAAAGACAAAACCAAAAAAAGGCCUUUAUGGUAACGCCAGCUUGGCACAAAACUAACUCAUGGCUCAAAUUUUAUACGCUGUUGUACUUUUGUCGCACCAAAUGAUAUUCUAAAUCACUCUGACCAAUAGACAUGCUCUCCAGGACACGUGGCAACUCCGUGGGAGCCAGCCCUCUGCUGCGGGCCCCGCACCUCCAGCCAGAGUCACUUCAAGCUCCCAGGGAAGUGGGGUGUGGAAGAUGACUUUGGAGGCAGAAGUAGAAGGGCACAAUCACGACCCACUGUUCCUCCCUCCUGCUCACUCUCCCUCUUCCCUCCAGACGCCCGUCCUCCUGCUGACCCUCUCUGGCACUUUCCACCUCACUCCUCUGCCAAGCAGUAGCCAGUGUCGUUGGUGCCUGGGCCUCGGCUCGACUCCCACCCCUUUUCGUAUUUGUCAUAUAUGUUAAACUGAUUUCCUAAAACAGAAAAUUCAUUUGCUUUCUUUUUUAUUUUGAAAACCAUACUGCCUCACCCUUUCCCUCUAGUUCCUAUCCAUACUAAGUGGAAGGAAAAAAAAGUUCCUAUUUACCUGAUGAAUGUGGCCUUUCUCCUCUUAAUGUUCAGAAAACUGUGGCUGUUCCACCGAUUUCUUCUGCAGUCCCUGUUCUGUUGUAAUCGUUCACUAGAUUCUUACUUGUUUUCUCCUCCUUUGUCCAUAUAAGAUUUGCUGAAAAAUCAGAAUUCAUCAAGUCAAAACAAAAGAGCUGAGGUGACCUUAAAAAGGUAGUGUCUUCUCUCUGUAUGGGGAAUAGGGAAGUACUCCGCUCUCUCAGUUACUGUCAGAUGCCUUGCGGCUACGGAGCUCGAGUGCGUCCACAGCUCCUUGCAACGCGUUACAUUUGGUGUAAGUGCAAGAAGUGAGUGACAGUUGUACACAGUUGUGAGAGGUCUGUAUAUGAGGUGGCUGGCCAUGCACACGACUUCUAACCUCUCUGUUGGUUUGGAGACUUUUGGCUUACGCUGGCAUUCUCGGUGGCUUGCGGUGACAUUUUCAAACCCUUCUGCUGCCUCGCUUUCCCUCAAUGUGCCAAGUUUGAAACAGGAUUUGAUUUCCUGAGCUACAUGUCUGCUUUCUAUGUGCCACCAAGGAUUCUGGCUCAUCUUUCAUCUCAUUCAUGUUCUUUUGAAACAAGAUACUUUGGGGGUCAAGUCCUUUCAGGUGUUUAUAUAUAUAUAUAUAUGUAUAAUGGAUUUUGUGUUCCCUUUUUAUGUAAGUAACAGUUCAUAAUCAUAAUGUAAAGAAUAAAUAAGUCUGAUGUAUUGUACUUUAAGAUGCUUCCCUGAUGUACAGAAUCUCCUUGUAAAGUAAAUAAUUGUGUUGUAUAUCAGUCUUCCUAUCAAUAUUAAUUAUAAAGUAUUUUAGAAUUAA